AUGAAGUGGUUAAGGAAUUCUGUAUUCUUUGUGGUAAUAUUGCAAAUUAAUUUGAUUUGCGGCACACCAAUAUUGGGUGGAGGUAGUGAAGCGAGCAGCAGCAGUGCAGUAGCCACAGCAACUGCUACAGGUGGUGGUGUAGCAACGGCCUCUGCCUCGGCAUCAGCUUCGACAGCUUCCAGUGGUUUUGCUCCCAGCGGUUAUGGAUCAUAUUAUUAUCCCUCGUUUGUCCAACAAGUUCCCGUCCAGAUUCAAACAAUUCCCGUUGUUCAAGCAUAUCCUGUAUACUCGGCUCCAAGUGCUAUUGGCGGUCUGGGUGCAUUUGGUGGAGCUGGUUUUGGUGGUGGUUUCAAAAAAUAUCACGAAACAUAUACCGUUCGUGGUCGUGGAUUCGGCGGUUUCGGUGGUCAUGGUCUGGGCGGCCUAGGUGGCGGAUUUGGUGGUGGCCGUUUUAAGGUGCAUUAUUCGAGUGGUGGUGCUGGUGCAUUCGGCGGAGCUGGUCUCAUUGGUGGCGGUGGUGCAUUAUUAGGUUAA